AUGGGAAAUAGCGGUACAAUCAAGGACGAGACAUCGCCUCUCAUGGAGGAGGCGAGGCAUGUGGAUGUGGAAGAGCGAGUGGAGUUUGUGAGGGAGGAGGUUGAUCAUCAUGAGUCGUCGAAGAGCGCUUGGUAUCUCUUUUUACUGACGAUUUCGAUUGGAGGACUCCAGAUAGUCUGGUCCGUGGAACUCUCUAAUGGAUCGCCCUACCUUUUGUCCCUGGGCAUGAGCAAAUCGCUCCUCGCCUUUGUUUGGAUCGCCGGACCCCUGACGGGAACGCUGGUACAACCCUACGUGGGCAUCCGCAGUGACAAUUGCCGGAUACCAUGGGGAAAGCGGAAGCCAUUCAUGAUUAUCGGCGGUGCCGCAACGAUCGUGUGCUUACUAGCUCUGGCAUGGGUACGGGAGAUCGUUGGUGGAUUCUUAUCCAUCUUCGGCGUCGAUCGAGAAUCAAAUGGUACGAAAACAAUGAUUAUUAUCGUUGCGACCAUCGUGAUGUAUGGGCUUGAUUUCGCCGUCAAUACUGUACAAGCCGGGAUCCGAGCAUUCAUCGUGGAUAAUUGUCCCGCCCACCAACAGGAACUCGCAAAUGCCUGGGCGAGUCGAUUGACAGGCGUCGGAAACAUCCUAGGCUACAUUUUUGGCUACAUGGAUCUACCAAAAGUCCUGCCCUUCCUGGGGAAUACGCAAUUCAAGGUCCUCUGCGUGAUUGCGUCGAUUUCUCUCACCAUCACAUUGGCAGCUAGCUGCGUCUAUAUCAAGGAGCGGGAUCCACGACUCGAAGGGCCGCCCGCAACAGAUGGUCUCGGUCUCAUUUCCUUCUUUCGACAGGUCUUCAAAUCAAUCCGUGACCUGCCGCCGCAAAUUGCGCAGGUCUGUAAAGUACAGGUCGCUGCGUGGGUGGGCUGGUUCCCGUUCUUGUUUUACUCAACGACGUAUAUUGGUCAGCUCUAUGUGAAUCCGAUCUUUGCGGAUCACCCGGAUAUGCCUAAGGAUCAAAUCGACAAGGCGUGGGAGGAUGCGACGCGCACUGGAACAUUUGCAUUGCUCAUCUAUGCUGUCAUCUCUUUUCUUGCCAACAUCAUCCUUCCGCUAUUUGUAGUGCCUACUUAUGGGCAGGUGUCUGAAUCUUCGGUGGGCGGUCCGUCUCACAGCUCUGAAGAUCCUGCGCAUGGAGAGGAAGAUGAGGAGCCUGUUCAGUCGCGACGAAUGUCGUUUUCGGCUAUGCCUUCGGGUAUGGUGGCGGAGCCACUACUUGACGCUGGUCCGGGUAAGGACAGCGGCUCGAACGGAGGGCCGAGGUGGCUAUCACGCCUUCAAAUACCGGGAUUGACGCUUCGACGCGUCUGGCUCUCUUCUCAUAUUUUUUUCGCGCUGUGCAUGUUCAGCACGAUAUUCAUCUCUUACUAUCCAGCUGGCUCGAUCGUGAUUGGCUUUGUUGGAAUCUGCUGGGCCGUGGCUCUGUGGGUGCCAUUUGCCCUUAUCUCUGCUGAAGUGGCUCGAAUUGACGUCGCUCGACGAUUGAAUCUGCGUCGGACAAGAGUACCUCCAGCAGGCCAGAGCUCUACUUCUCACAAUGGUGGAUCCAAUUCCUACGCUCCUGUCUCUGUUGAAGAUGCAGAAGACGACCAUGACGAUCACCACGAAACCACUGGUGGAUACGACCAUGACCUCGAAAACGGCCAGUCGAAGCCUGCGCCAGAAGAGCAAAACAAUGCACAAGCCGGCAUCAUCUUGGGUCUACAUAAUGUGGCAAUUUCAUUCCCACAGAUUUUCUCCAGUCUCAUCUGCAGUGCGAUUUUCAAAGCUGCCCAGAAGCCUAGGGGAGAGCCGUGGGAUGAUAGCGUGGGAUGGGUUCUCCGGUUCGGCGGAUGUGCUGCGCUCGGUGCGGCAUGGUUGACCAAGAAGCUCGCCGAGGGCGCACAUUGA